UUGCCUUUCAUUCCGUCGCAGAAGUCGAAGUGUAAGGAACAAGUCCGGAGCUCCAAUCAAAAAUUAAUUCAUUUCCAAAAGCGAAAAAAAAAGAUUUUCUCUAUUCAAAAUUUUGUGAUUAAUUGAAACAGCGAUAUGCUCGAUCCAGUUGAUGUCAAGACCACCGGUCAGGAGGUCACCGUGCCGCCCAGUGACGCCGCAGAAAAUAAUUCGAAUGCCGUGUCAUUGGAGCCGGUCAAGCCGAGCAAGUUGCACAAGUCAGAAGGCAAGCCAAAAAAAUUCAAAACGUCGUCGCCACUGCGGUCGCCUUCUGCGUCCUCGCUGUCCUCGAUAAGCAUGGGCUACAACGAGUCGGACCUCUCGAGCACCUCCAGCUCCGACGACUCGUCCAGCAGCAACGACGACUCGUUCGACCAUCGCUGCUGCCGUCGCCGUUUGCAUCGGCGUAUGCGCUACGAGAAGCCAUCGAACCAUCACCGACGCUGCUCCGAGCGUUCCAGGGCCGCCAAAAGCAGCAUGCGCCGUCACCCAGUGCCAGUGCCAGUCCCAGUUCCAGUUCCAGCUCCGGGCGAAGAUGUUGACGCCCUGGCCAAUUCUGAGCCGGAAGACAAUUCGCGCCGCAAGAAGCGCAACAGUCGCUUCAAGAAUGUUGCCUGCCAGACGAGUCCGCCGCCCAGGAAGUCCAGCCACAGAUCGAAGCCAGCCAGCACCGCAGGAACCAGCUCCAGCUCCCGCUUCGGUUCCGGUUCCGGUUCCGGUGCCAUUGAGAAGACAGCAAGUCAUGCUGCCAAGACAGAAAAUGCUGGUUCCAGUUCCAAGCUGGAAGCCAAGCCAGACUCUGCUGGUUCCAGUGCCAACUCGAAGCCGAAGAGCUCCAGUUCCAAUCCGAAACCAGUCAGUUUUGCCCUCGGCUCGAGGCCAAAAGAUCCUGUGAAGGUCACCAGGGACUCCACAAAGACUGUCGAGGGAGAAGUGAAACGCUCGGUGGCCAGCUUCAGUGCCGAUGUCAAGCCAACCGACUCUGGCUGCCUUGCGAAGCUACCGCUUGCCGAAGCCAGCCCAGCAGCCAAGCCCAUCGACACUGGUUCCGGCACAAAGUGUCAGACGACCAAUUGCAAAGCUGACGUGAUGGCAGCAAUCCUGUCAAUUGCCAACUCCAAGCCAGCCACCGAUGCUGCUGCCAUUUCGAAGCAUCCAGUGGCUGAUUCCACUGCCAAUACUGGCACCAAUCAGCUGCCAGCCAAGCUGAUGCAGCGCAGCAUCCGCACCCGUUCUCGCACCCGUUCUCGCACCCGUUCUCGCUCCCGUUCGCGCUCCCGUUCGCGCUCCCAUUCGCGCUCCCACUCACGCUCCAAGUCGGGCAGCCCCAAUCCAAGAAACAAACGCAGACGUGUGGCAUCGCCGAGUUCCCAAAUGAGUCGUGAGAGAACCUUCAGGCCCGGGGCGCCGCCAAUCUCGCAGCUGCGGCUGCACAUCAAGGGGCUGAGCCGCCAGGUGACCAAGGAGCAUGUGACCGAGAUCUUUGGCAACUUUGGCCCGCUGACAGCCGUCGACUUUCCGAUUGAGCUGCACGGGGAUAGUGCGGGGCGCGGAUUCGCCUUCGUGGAGUUUGCCAACGCACAGGACUGCGCACGCGCCAUCAAGAACAUGGACGGGGGCCAGAUCGACAGCAGAAGGAUCGUGGUGUCGGCCUUUCGCCCGAACAAGGUCCGUGCCACCUGGCGCCGCCGCUACUCGCCCGUCCGCGGUGGCGGUGGCGGUGGCCGCUCCCACACCCGUUCGCCAUCCCGUUCGCACAACCGCAACAAUUUCGAUUCUCGCUACCGAAAUCGCUCACGCUCGCCGUCUCGCUACAAUCAGUACAGUCACGGCCAGCAUCGUGGUGCCCAGCCACGUGGCUAUCAAUACUAAGCAAAGGCCAGGGACACUCCACACUCCACAAAGCACAAUCACCUGUAAGCCUCGCUACACUUGCAUGCAACCAAAAGCCAGCCCAUUCCAUUAACUCCAGCCAUGUAACUUGCUCAAACGAAUUGUAAAAUACAAAAACAUUGGGACUGAAAUUGCAGCGCAAAAGAGUUUCGGUU